UUUUAUUCUUUCAGUGAAAUAAGGAACCGUAAUGACUGGUACCGCUGCUAGAUCCAGACGUAAUGUUACCAGACUGACUGGUACCACUACUAGAUCCAGACAUAAUGUUACCAGACUGACCGGUACCACUACUAGAUCCAGACAUAAUGUUACCAGACUGACCGGUACCACUACUAGAUCCAGACAUAAUGUUACCAGACUGACCGGUACCACUACUAGAUCCAGACGUAAUGUUACCAGACUGACUGGUACCACUACUAGAUCCAGACAUAAUGUUACCAGACUGACCGGUACCACUACUAGAUCCAGACGUAAUGUUACCAGACUGACCGGUACCACUACUAGAUCCAGACAUAAUGUUACCAGACUGACCGGUACCACUACUAGAUCCAGACAUAAUGUUACCAGACUGACCGGUACCACUACUAGAUCCAGACAUAAUGUUACCAGACUGACCGGUACCACUACUAGAUCCAGACAUAAUGUUACCAGACUGACCGGUACCACUACUAGAUCCAGACAUAAUGUUACCAGACUGACCGGUACCACUACUAGAUCCAGACAUAAUGUUACCAGACUGACCGGUACCACUACUAGAUCCAGACAUAAUGUUACCAGACUGACCGGUACCACUACUAGAUCCAGACAUAAUGUUACCAGACUGACCGGUACCGCUGCCAGAUCCAGACAUAAUGUUACCAGACUGACCGGUACCACUACUAGAUCCAGACCCAAUGUUACCAGACUGACCGGUACCGCUACUAGAUCCAGACAUAAUGUUACCAGACUGACCGGUACCACUACUAGAUCCAGACAUAAUGUUACCAGACUGACCGGUACCACUACUAGAUCCAGACAUAAUGUUACCAGACUGACCGGUACCACUACUAGAUCCAGACAUAAUGUUACCAGACUGACCGGUACCGCUGCUAGAUCCAGACAUAAUGUUACCAGACUGACCGGUACCGCUGCUAGAUCCAGACAUAAUGUUACCAGACUGACCGGUACCGCUACUAGAUCCAGACAUAAUGUUACCAGACUGACCGGUACCGCUGCCAGAUCCAGACAUAAUGUUACCAGACUGACCGGUACCGCUACUAGAUCCAGACAUAAUGUUACCAGACUGACCGGUACCACUACUAGAUCCAGACAUAAUGUUACCAGACUGACCGGUACCACUACUAGAUCCAGACAUAAUGUUACCAGACUGACCGGUACCGCUGCUAGAUCCAGACAUAAUGUUACCAGACUGACCGGUACCACUACUAGAUCCAGACAUAAUGUUACCAGACUGACCGGUACCACUACUAGAUCCAGACAUAAUGUUACCAGACUGACCGGUACCACUACUAGAUCCAGACAUAAUGUUACCAGACUGACCGGUACCGCUGCUAGAUCCAGACAUAAUGUUACCAGACUGACCGGUACCACUACUAGAUCCAGACAUAAUGUUACCAGACUGACCGGUACCACUACUAGAUCCAGACAUAAUGUUACCAGACUGACCGGUACCACUACUACAUCCAGACAUAAUGUUACCAGACUGACCGGUACCGCUACUAGAUCCAGACAUAAUGUUACCAGACUGACCGGUACCACUACUAGAUCCAGACAUAAUGUUACCAGACUGACCAGUACCACUACUAGAUCCAGACAUAAUGUUACCAGACUGACCGGUACCACUACUAGAUCCAGACAUAAUGUUACCAGACUGACCGGUACCACUACUAGAUCCAGACAUAAUGUUACCAGACUGACCGGUACCGCUACUAGAUCCAGACAUAAUGUUACCAGACUGACCGGUACCGCUGCCAGAUCCAGACAUAAUGUUACCAGACUGACCGGUACCACUACUAGAUCCAGACAUAAUGUUACCAGACUGACCAGUACCACUACUAGAUCCAGACAUAAUGUUACCAGACUGACCGGUACCACUACUAGAUCCAGACAUAAUGUUACCAGACUGACCGGUACCACUACUAGAUCCAGACAUAAUGUUACCAGACUGACCAGUACCGCUACUAGAUCCAGACAUAAUGUUACCAGACUGACCGGUACCACUACUAGAUCCAGACAUAAUGUUACCAGACUGACCGGUACCACUACUAGAUCCAGACAUAAUGUUACCAGACUGACCGGUACCACUACUAGAUCCAGACAUAAUGUUACCAGACUGACCGGUACCACUACUAGAUCCAGACAUAAUGUUACCAGACUGACCGGUACCACUACUAGAUCCAGACAUAAUGUUACCAGACUGACCGGUACCACUACUAGAUCCAGACAUAAUGUUACCAGACUGACCGGUACCACUACUAGAUCCAGACAUAAUGUUACCAGACUGACCGGUACCACUACUAGAUCCAGACAUAAUGUUACCAGACUGACCGGUACCACUACUAGAUCCAGACAUGUUACCAGACUGACCGGUACCACUACUACAUCCAGACAUAAUGUUACCAGACUGACCGGUACCACUACUAGAUCCAGACAUAAUGUUACCAGACUGACCGGUACCACUACUAGAUCCAGACAUAAUGUUACCAGACUGACCGGUACCACUACUAGAUCCAGACAUAAUGUUACCAGACUGACCGGUACCACUACUAGAUCCAGACAUAAUGUUACCAGACUGACCGGUACCACUACUAGAUCCAGACAUAAUGUUACCAGACUGACCGGUACCGCUACUAGAUCCAGACAUAAUGUUACCAGACUGACCGGUACCACUACUAGAUCCAGACAUAAUGUUACCAGACUGACCGGUACCACUACUAGAUCCAGACAUAAUGUUACCAGACUGACCGGUACCACUACUAGAUCCAGACAUAAUGUUACCAGAUUGACCGGUACCGCUACUAGAUCCAGACAUAAUGUUACCAGACUGACCGGUACCACUACUAGAUCCAGACAUAAUGUUACCAGACUGACCGGUACCACUACUAGAUCCAGACAUAAUGUUACCAGACUGACCGGUACCGCUACUAGAUCCACUGUAUCUCAGGUAUCUCACUGAAGUCUUCAGGUCUCAGACAAGGUUACUCAUCAUGCACCCUAGCACUGAACUGUGUGUGUGUGUGUGUCCGUCCGUCCGUCCGUCCGUCCGUCCGUCCGUCCGUCCGUCCGGGUACAGGUACAGGUAAUACUGUGU